AUGCCCAUAUUCUCAUCCAUGGACAGUGGUUUUAGAGAUUCAGCACACGAUACUAGCACCAUGUCAGGAACUCCAUAUACCUUUGACGAUGAUUUAUCUUUGUCCCAUACCAAUCCGCGUCUUCGGCGGCCUGGCACUUCUUUCUGGGCCCCGAAUUUGAUGUCUUCAUACACGCCCGACACAUCCCAUCUAACCACUGAACAAGAGGCUCUUUUCUGGCAAGUCAUGCUCGAUCAAUCUAUCAGCUCCGGAUAUCAGGCCGUCCCUUUUGCGAAUCAGCCAAACCCCGCCUAUCUGGAUCGUGCCUCUGAAAAUGGGUGCAUUUCGCCCAUGAUGCUCUCACAAUCUUUCUCGCCAGAACAUAGUUCAGCGACGGCCCAGGGACUCUCACCCUAUGGAACGCCACGCAUUUCCCUCGACUGCACUACCGAGACAUCGCCAAGGUCCCCCGUCUCACCAUCUCAAUUCUCUUCCUCUUCCUCGUCACUCUCCUCCUCUGGUUCUCCAUCCACACCGCCGUACAUACCGGUUUCCUCUGGCACCCCUCAAGUUCAUACACCAUUCGACAUCACCUAUUCAGGCUGGGCCAGAGGGUCAGAUCCUCUCAACCAAGCCCACGUAUCUGCGCUCGGCCCACAUAACUAUUCGAAUGCUGGACACCACCACAGGGAGUACCACGGUAACAUCGGAGCAGCGACUGGUCCAUCCAGUGCGUAUACGCACGAUUCCAUUCAACCCGCUCGCCGACGACACAUGCUGCGACCUCCCUCGGCCGUCUCGUCGACGGGCCACCAUGAUGGGCAUAUGUAUUGCCCCAUGGUGCCCGCCGGCGUGGACGUUCGUCGUGAGGUGGUCUCGGUUAGUGUUGCACCACCCAUUGAUAUCAUCUCACUGCCGAGCAGAGAGGACGAUGGUGAUGAAGGAGGACAAGGGCAGAAGAUGACUAAAGAGGGGAAGUUGUUGUGCACAAUGUCCGGUUGUGCUUCGACGUUCAAAGGGCAGUAUGAGUUGAAACGGCAUAUCGGCACGGUUCACGACAAGAUUCGCGCCCCUUGUCCACAGUGUGGCAAGUCUUUGAGCUGUCCAUGGGCUGUGGACAGGCAUAUAGAGAAGUCUUGUGGGAAGAAUAACAAACCCGGACCAAAAUCUCGCGAGAGACGAGGAGUGUGA